AGUGGAGGCUGGCCUAAGUUUAGCAUUUCGAGCCCCCGCCUCCUCCUCCUCAACCCCCCCACGCUGUACUUAAAUUCUAAAACUUGAGCAUUUACUGGUCAACCACCUGUGGCAAGCACACGCGUGAGGCAUACAACACGUGCAAUGACGGGAGACACUGCCAAGGCGGGCCUCCAGAAUGGCACCGCCGUCCAGGCACGGGAGCCGCUGCCCCCCUUUGAGGUGAAAAUGGAGGAGAGGGGCCAGUGGAGCAACAAGGUGGAGUUCAUCCUGUCCGUUGCAGGCUCCAUCAUCGGCCUGGGCAACAUGUGGCGCUUCCCGUACCUCUGUUACAAGAACGGAGGAGGUGCCUUCCUCAUCCCAUACCUCAUCUUCCUUUUCGCCUGUGGCGUUCCUGUCUUCUUCCUGGAGACGGCCCUGGGCCAGUUCACCAGCGAAGGAGGCGUCACCUGCUGGAGAAAAAUCAGCCCCUUGUUUGAAGGUCUCGGCUAUGGCACACAAGUGAUAGUGACGCUGCUGAACUUCUACUACAUCAUAGUCCUGGCUUGGGGGAUGUUCUAUCUGUCUUUUUCCUUCACCUGGGAUCUACCUUGGUCUUCCUGCAACAACACAUGGAACACGGAAAACUGCAUGGAGUUCCAGAGGAGAAACACCUCCAUCAACCAAACACUCUUCCAAAAUGCUACCUCUCCGGUCAUGGAGUUCUGGGAGAGACGAGCGCUGAGGAUCUCGCCGGGGAUCGACUGCAUGGGCUCGCUCAACUGGGACCUGGUCCUGUGCCUGUUCAUCGCCUGGGUCAUGUGCUACUUCUGCAUCUGGAAGGGGGUUAAAUCCACAGGAAAAGUGGUCUACUUCACAGCAACCUUCCCCUAUCUGAUGCUUAUCGUGUUGCUGGUGAGGGGACUCACCCUACCUGGUGCAGGAAUUGGGAUUCAGUUUUACCUCUAUCCUGAUUUGGGACGUCUGGCAGACCCACAGGUCUGGAUGGAUGCCGGCACGCAGAUCUUCUUCUCCUAUGCUAUUUGCUUAGGCUCCUUGACAGCUCUAGGUAGCUAUAACAAAUACAACAACAACUGCUACAGAGACUGCCUGGCGUUGUGCUUUCUGAACAGCGGCACGAGUUUCGUGGCUGGAUUUGCAAUCUUCUCCAUUUUGGGUUUCAUGUCUUAUGAGCAGAACGUUCCCAUCUCGGAGGUGGCGGAGUCUGGCCCGGGUUUAGCCUUCAUUGCUUACCCACGUGCUGUGACAAUGAUGCCCUUCUCUCCUCUGUGGGCCGCCCUCUUCUUCAUCAUGAUCGUUUUUCUUGGGCUGGACAGUCAGUUUGUGUGCGUGGAAAGUCUCGUGACCGCCAUCGUCGACAUGUACCCCGCCACCUUCCGUCGCAAAAACCGCCGGGAGCUCUUCCUCCUUGCUGUGGUCUUCCUCUCCUUCCUCGUGGGCCUCAUCAUGCUCAUGGAGGGUGGGAUGUACGUCUUCCAGCUCUUUGAUUACUACGCUGCUAGUGGCAUGUGUCUUCUCUUCAUGGGCCUUUUUGAGACGGUUUGCAUCGCGUGGGUCUACGGCGCCGAUCGCUUUUAUGACAACAUCGAAGACAUGAUUGGCUACCGUCCUGGGCCUUACAUCAAGUACUGCUGGAUGUUCUUCACCCCGGCCACAUGUAUUGGUACCUUUGCCUUCUCCCUCAUUAAAUACACACCCCUAAAAUACAACAACGAGUAUGUUUAUCCGUGGUGGGGCUAUGUGAUUGGCUGGCUACUGGCUCUCUCCUCCAUGGUCUGCAUCCCCCUGUGGAUGGUGUAUAAGAUCAGCACCACCCAGGGGACGUUCAGGGAGCGCAUCCAGCUGCUCAUCACGCCAUCUGAGGACUUGCCCAAAACCAAGAGAGAGCAGGAGAGGUUGCUGGCCAUUUUUGCUCCGGAGGAAGACUCCAGCAGGAAUAAAAACGGCUACCGUCCCGUGUCGGAGCAAGACUCCAGCCUAUGAGGCACCAGUGGAGCUACAGAAGUGGAUUUUGGUUCAAUUUCAAGAGCCGAAUAGAAUAACACUGAGACAGCUAAAUCACUAAUAGCUUGCUUGUGAAUGCAGCCAACUCUCUCUGUAUCCAAUAGCUCUACGUAGCGCCAAAGCACUAUUUGUAUUAUAUUAUUGUAUUAUCAGAAGUAAAUAAAUAUAAUAAUACAUUUUUGUCCUUUGUAUUUACGAGUACGCAAUUUUAUUUUAUGAAAUAUGCUGGAAAUAUGCAUUGUCAAGAUUACUGUGCUCACUGCUGUAGAACUAAUAUGUCAGUGUAGUCUUUUAUUUUAUACUGUGAAUUGUCUGUACAGAGAAAUUUGUAAGUCUCUUUUUCAAUAAACGUAAAAUCCUA